AUGAAGAUUGUCACCAAAGAAGAAAUCGACGCGCACUCGUGGGCUACCAUCACCGGAGGAUUCAACGGGUUCUGCCUGGGAACCCUGAUUUCCGUCGGGGUGUACGCGAUGGCCCCUCGGCACUAUCCGAAGCUGCUCAAGAUGCCGUGGUCCAUCAAGACGGCCACGGCCAUCAUCCCGCCAGCGUUCACCACGGCCGUCAACGCGGAGCUGGCGUCCACCAGGUUCGACUCCGAGAUGUACUCGUCCGAGUUCCAACAGCGCAAGGUGCUAGAGGAGCACAGAAGAUGGGCCAAGCUGUCCCCGACAGAGAAGGUGGUGGAGUCCCUGUCGAACAACAAGUACAAAAUCAUCACCGGGCUCUGGGCCGCGUCGAUGGUUGGGUCCUGGAUGUACGUCAACAGAGACCCGCUGCUGACCCGGACGCAGAAAUUCGUGCAGGCGAGAAUGUACGCGCAGUUCAUCACGGUGGCCCUGCUUCUGGGGUCGAUCGGCCUGAGCGUCUACGAGGAGAACCACCACCUCAACCACAAAGAGCGCGGCGAAGACGCGUACUUGCGGGAGGUGCUGGAGGCCAACAGACAGAAAUGA